AUGCUCUACCGGGUGGUGACCCACGGCGGCUCCUGGUACUACUACAACGAUACGGAUAAGUAUGAAAUGCACAUCAACUUCACAUUUGGUGCGAAGUCGGACCUCGAUUUCAGCGAACAGGCGAAUAUUUAUGUGAUGAACAACAACGAGUUCUCGGCCUCACUGGUUGUCCCCCCUGAUGAGACAUCUAAACUUCUCUCCGGUAAGGUGAGGGGCUUCAAAUGCAGCGUCAAGGCGGACCGCCUUGAAGACGAAAAGCGUGAGAACUUUUACAGCAAGGUGAGCUCCCACAUCAGCGAAGAAAUAAACGGUAUAAUCAAGCGUAUUAAUGUAUCCGAGAAAACGCUUGACAAGGAGCGUGUGCUGUUUUACUGCGAGGAGAAUGCGCACCCCUACGUAGAUUGCAACUUCCCCCCGACGACUACUCGCUCUACAGCGCGGAUGUAG